UCAAAAUAGCCGUAAUGUGACGACACUGUGCAGAGCGCAGCGGUGCGAAGUGUGUGUGUUUGUUGUUCGAGUUUUCUUGCGGUGUACAUGCUUCUUCUCAAGGUGUUGCCGUCUCGACGCUAGCUAGCGGACGACAGGAGAGGAACCCCAGUGUGGUGGCGAACAUUCCGACGUCCCGUCGACGCCCAAGAGGAUGGCGAUCUGUUGACGAUCGGUGAUGCGAGUUUCGGCAAACAGCCAGGCGCGGCAUGAGUUCGGUCUGGAAGCGCCUGCAGAGGGUCAACAAGCAUGCGGCCAAGUUCCAGCUGGUGGCCUCCUACCGGGAGCUGAUGGUUACCGGUAGCAAAAAGUGGCAACCACACAAGUUGCUGGUCAUAUGGACUCGGAGGGGACGCCGGGUUGCCUCCCAGGCCAGGUCAUGGGAGCCUACUAUUCGCGAUCCAUACCGGGGACGCGUUGUCUGGCCUGUGCCGGAGAACGUGGAGGUGGCCGUCACAUUGUUUCGCGAUGCAAACAGCAACGUCUUCGAGGACAAGGAUUGGAGCUUCGUCGUCGAAGAUAUUUCAGCCCAAGGCAAGCGGCGGCAUGUAGCCGUUGGCGUGGUGAACGUGGCCAAGUUUGCGCGGCCCGAGCCGACGCAGACGGAGGUUGUCUUGCACAUGCGACCGCUGACACCCAAGUGCACUGAGGCGCAGUUGCUGCUCACUCUCUCGUGCAGCCUGCUGCGGGAGGGAAAGGCCACGGAUGAGGAUAUGCAGAGCAUAGCGAGCCUGCUGAGUGCGGCUCCCCUGGCGGCACCGGACUACGCCAACCUUGAGGACUUUGAGGAGGAAGCGUCCCCGCAGGCCUCAGCACAGCUCUCGAGGCUGGCAGCCGACUGCUCGAGUCUUGUGAGUGGCGGUGACAGUAGUCCCACGCCGUCCCCAGUCAUCGCCGACAACGACCUCGACUUGUCGCUGCGGAGCCCAUCCGCAGCAGUGAUGGUUGUCCAACCACCGCCUCCGCCACCAGAGCCACCAGAACCGGGCGUACAGCUGAGCGAACCCAUCGAGGCUCUAGGAGAGAACCGGGAACCUCCGACGGAGCCCGGCAAGGACCUGCUGUCCUGGAGCCAGAACAUGACCAGCGGCUACGCGGGGCUCAAGGUGACCAACCUGACCACCUCGUGGCGUAAUGGCAUGGCCUUUUGCGCCCUCAUACACCGCUUCCACCCCGAGCUCAUCGACAUGGACUCCCUGUCACCUCAUGAUAUCGCAGGCAACUGCAAAAAGGCAUUUGAGGCGGCGGCGUCCCUGGGCGUCUCCCGGCUCCUGGACCCAGCUGACAUGGUCCUCCUGACGGUGCCGGACAAACUUGUAGUGGCCACGUACUUGCAUCAGCUGCGGCAGCAGCUGACUGCGCCCCCCGAGAUGCGGCGGCCCCUGCCUGAGACGGCACGCCCGUCUCCGAUCUCCUCCUCGGGCAACGAUAAGGCGGCGACGGCCACGUCAACGCCUGCAGAAGCAAUAGCAAGCCUCGACUCCGCCUCAAUGCCUGUAAGUAAUGCCAGCAAUGUGCCUUCCACUCCGCCGGUAGAAGCCCUCCCCACCGAAGAAUACCCAAACAAACAAGGCUCAAGUGAAAGAAUCCCAAAUAAACAACAGUCGACGGAAGGAAGUCCAAGCAAAGAAGGCUCUACGGAACAAAGUUUGAACAGACAAACAUCGACGGAGGAGAGCUUGGGAAUGCGAGAGUCAGUGAAGAGAAGCUUAAUAAAAAAGGAAGGGUCAGUGGAAAGGAUCCUAAGUAGGCAGGAGUUGGCGGAGAGGAACUUGAAAAAGCAAGACUCCACGGAAAAUAGUGCAAGUAGACAAGGUUCGACAGAGAAAAGCCUAAGCAAGCGAGGCUUGUCGGAAAGGAGCCUUAGUAGACAGAGUUCGACAGAGAAGAACCCAAUGGAACAGCCAUGGACCGAGAGAAUCCUAAAAAUAAAAAUCCCGGUGGGCGACAAGCCAGCCAUCAAGGAUUCACCCAAGGAUACAAGUGCCAAGUUGAGUCCGGUUCAGAAGGAAGACACGCAGGCGGGCCAGCCGCUGAUGACACGGCAACAGCUGAUGAACCCUUUCGACUCGGAUGAAGAAGACACCGAGAAGACAGGUGUCGAGACGCAAGAAGCUGUACCUGAGGAACCGGAGACCCGUGUGCCAUGUCGGGUGCUGGACCUGUCCCCAACCAGGCAGCCCUCACCGCCAGAUGCCCUCGUGUCACCGCUUAUCGACCCCAAGAAGGCAAGUGUCGCCAGGCCGUCGAGUCGGCUGGUCGAGCUUCAGGAGCGAGCGCGGAAGCUGCUGGAAGAAGCCCGCCAGCCGCCGGCCGGCCGCGAGCUCAGCCCGGGGUCGCUGGAGGAGCGCCAACACCAGGAGCAGCUGCGGGAGCGGGCGCGGCGCAUCAUCGCACAGGCGCGACAGGGGCACCGCGCGCACCACCACAACAACAACAACGUCAGCGAGCCCAGCAGCCCCGACACGCCGGUGCCUGGCACCCAGACCACUAACGGCCACAAGGAAUCCUCUGAGGACGCGACUAGUCAGGACGACCUGAAGGCUUGGCAGACCCCUUCGUGGAGCGUACGGCUUUCUGAGGGUAGUUCCUUGCGGCCUACCAGGUUUCACCAGUUCCAGAAGAGGCGCAUAGGUGGAACCUGCAUAGUCUGUAGUGUCUGCAAAGCAUCGUCUAGUAGACACAGAAGGCUUUUCCACUGCUCCGACGAUUCUGAACGGUCUGAGGAGCUAAGUCGAGAUAGUGAGCUGUCCAGUGGCUCAAGGCGGCGGCAAACCUACGUAGAGCUGGAGCUGGAGGCCCUGGAGCGCGAGCGGCAACGGGUUGAUGCCCAGGCAGAGCGGUUCGAGCCUUACCUGCGACAGGUGAUGAAGAGCGGCGACCAGGAGGAGGAAGACCGCUGCAUGCAGAAAUGGUUUGCCCUGGUCAACGAAAAGAAUGCACUAAUUCGACGGCAAAUGCAACUUAACCUAUUGGAGAAAGAGCAGGACUUGGAGCGGCGCUUCGAGAUGCUCAACGAGGAACUCCGGGGCGUGCUCCAGCUCCAAGACUGGCAGAAGACGGACGCCCAGCGUAGCCGGGAGGCCCUGCUGCUCGAGGAGCUGGUGGCGCUGGUCGACAAGCGGGACGAGCUGGUGCAGCACUUGGACUCCCAAGAGAAGGCCAUCGAGGAGGACGAGAUGAUGGCACUGGCCACCAGGCGGCAGCGGCUUCCACCGGAGCGCAACAACUGCCGACUCCAGUGACCUCCGGUGGCGACGAGAAACCAGAGAUGCACGGGGAGAGGACGAUGAGGAUUAGAAAGAUGGAAGGAAGGAAGAGACGCGAGCAAAGCAUGGCUUGCGGCAACGACUUGCUUUUACGUUCUGGCCCCGCCACGCGGCGCGCCAGACAACAAUAAACCGUCAGCAGCCAAUUAGAA